CAGGGAAGAAGAAAGACAGCGUGGACUACAUUUGUAGGACUAGGAAAUAUUGGCGGAGUGAGACCUCUUCCGUUUUAUCUGCUACAAGACAGCCAGCCAGGUGACCUCAGACAUUCAUCCGUGGUCUAAACUUCAUCCCUGUUAUUCUGCAACUAGCACCAUGUUUGCUGUCAGAAACGCACUUCGCCUCAGCUCCAGGUUAUCCAUCCCUGCGGUGACAAGAAGAGGCUGUGCCGGAGCUGCCAUCCCCGUGGACGACGUAGUGAACGGACUCACAGACGAGCAGAUACAGCUGAGGCAAACAGUUCGCAAAUUCUUUGUAGAAAAACUUGCACCUCAUGCCGACGAGAUCGAUAAGAAGAACGAGUUCCCAGGAAUGCGGGGUUUUUGGAAAGAAAUGGGGACGAUGGGACUUCUUGGCAUCACUGCUCCAGUGGAAUGUGGAGGCACAGGAUUGGGCUACCUAGAUCACAUAAUUGUGAUGGAGGAGCUGUCACGAGUGUCAGCAGCCGUCGCUCUCAGUUAUGGCGCCCACUCUAACCUUUGUGUUAACCAGCUGGUACGCCACGCCAAUGAAAAGCAGAAGGAGAAGUAUAUGACCAAGUUACUGACAGGAGAACAUGUUGGAGCCCUGGCAAUGAGUGAGCCCAAUGCUGGCUCUGAUGUUGUGUCAAUGAAACUCAGAGCAAAGAAAGAAGGAGACUAUUACGUUCUGAAUGGAAACAAGUUCUGGAUCACGAAUGGCCCAGAUGCCGAUGUGCUUAUUGUGUAUGCCAAAACGGAUCCCGAGGCCUAUCAAAAAGGCAUCACAGCUUUCAUUGUCGAAAAGGGAACGCCUGGAUUCUCGACUGCACAGAAGCUCGACAAACUCGGCAUGAGAGGAUCAAACACCUGUGAGCUCAUCUUUGAAGACUGCAAAAUCCCAGCGGAGAACAUCCUGGGUCCAUUAAACAAAGGCGUGUAUGUGAUGAUGAGCGGCUUAGAUCUGGAGCGACUGGUACUUGCAUCUGGACCUAUAGGCAUCAUGCAGGCAGUUCUGGAUGCAGCUAUUCCCUAUCUGCAUGUCCGAGAGGCUUUCGGACAGAAGAUCGGACACUUUCAGCUGAUGCAAGGGAAGAUGGCUGACAUGUACACCAGGCUGAGCGCCUGUCGGCAGUAUUUGUACAGUGUUGCACGUGCUUGUGACAAAGGACACUUCAGCGCAAAGGAUUGUGCUGGAGUGAUCCUGUAUUGUGCUGAGAAUGCCACUCAGGUUGCUUUGGAUGGGAUUCAAUGUUUGGGUGGCAAUGGCUACAUCAAUGACUACCCACUGGGGCGAUUUCUGCGUGAUGCAAAGCUUUAUGAAAUUGGUGCCGGGACAAGUGAAGUUCGCAGACUCAUCAUUGGACGAGCCUUCAACUCCUUGUUCAAAUAAAGCUGAGAGGGUGAUCACUAAAAGACUGUGAGUGGUUUGCUGUGGAUGAACAAAGUUAUUCACACACAAGGCCUUACUGUACAAACUGUACAAAAGAACUUGUCACCAAGGAUUUUGAUUAGUUUCAGUCAAAACAGAUCAUUAUGAAAUUGUGAUAUUAGAACUUGACAUAAUGCAAAGCAAUUUAACUACAUUAAGUGGCCUUGAUGUGACUUUUUUUAGCUACAGUACGAAAAUGUUCGUAUUCUCCAACCAGGUAGCAAGAAGUUGCUGUGAAAUCUGUUGAUAAAGGCCCAAUCAUUUUGGUGAUUGGUCACUGAAAUGUGUAUUCCUUGCGUGGUUGCUGGAGGUUACUGGCAGUCGCUGGCUUAAAUUGGUCACAGAGAGGUAUACACUAAAAACCCUUCAGCUAACAUGUUUCAAAUUGUGCGACUUUUACACUCACUGGCUGCACUGAAGAACCGUGUAUCAUAUAGGGGCUCAGUGUUACCUCACUUAUUAUCACUACAGUUUAAAAAACAAGUCUGAUGACGUUGCUGCCAUCAUUGUCUGAAUUUUCUUGAUUUGUAAGUGUGAAAUCUAACUGUAGUUCAGAUCUUCAGAAACGUCAUGAUUUCAAAGCAAACUGAAAUAUGUGAAAAGGGCAAAUGUCUGUGAGCGCUCUGCUAGCAUUAGAAUCCAUAUUUGUUUGUUUUGGGAGCCGAUGUCACUGUUUGUAUACAAUAAAAAUCAGUCUGUAGAAAUCUCUCAGAUUUGUCUUCCUUUCUGCAAAGAAUUAUGUAGUUGUACAUUGUGAACAUGUAUGAAAUGAAAUCUUAUAAAAUAAAAAUUGUAAUUUUC